AUGUCUGUCGUUCACGCGGCAGCGGCUUCAGGGAGCACCCUAGGCGGCCUGACGGCCAAGUCCCCCCUCGACUCUCUUCCACUUUAGCUCGCGCUUCUGCGAGCUUGAACGGCUCCAGAGGAAAGAUUCGUAGAGCACACAUCAGCGGGAAGGCAUCAAGAAAGCACGCAAGGUACGCGAAGGCAUCAAGAGAGCACAGCCUGUCUUGGGCCUGUCUCAAUGCAACGUCGAUGCUGUCUGUGUGUGGUGUGUGGUCAGUGAGCAUCAAGUGUACCGUCAAGAGCUGGCGAGUCUGGAGGCCCACAGGAGAGCCGAGGGAUGCUCUGCCCCUCAACGGCGCUCCCGCACUGUCCCGCUGAUGUCGCCGUCAGCCCCCCAGACACUGCCCCUCCCCCUCCCCCUCUCUCUUGUGCUGCUGCUGCUGUGCUUGCUGAGUGCGGUGGCACAGCCGCUGGCCGAGUCGGGCGACUCCGAGGAGGCAGCAGGCAUCGAGAGCUAUGACGUCCCGGUGCGGCUGAGCUACAGGGUCGACAAGUUCUAUGGCAUCGACCACACGGCGCCCAACCCCUCGGCACGCACAUCGCUCUUCCGGCUGGACCUCUCGGUGAUCCUCCACUGGUCAGACCAGUACAUCUCCCACCUCUACGACUCCUCUACCGGCACACGGCAGCCUGCCAACCCCACUGAGACCCUGCUUGACGACGUCGGGCGGUCGUCAGGGGGCGGGGCGGCUGAGCAAGCCGAGGCCAAUGCGUCGUCGGGUGCGGCCGGCGCCAGUUCGGCGUCGGGCAACCUCGAGUCGUCUGAGUAUGCGUCUGAGGAGGACUACGGCACCUCGAUCGACGAGGAGACGCCCAAACCGGACCAGGGCGGUGAGAAACCCAAAAAGCAAAACCUGAGGAGUGGUCAGAAGGAGGGAGACCAUGAGGCCGCGGGGGCGGCGGGUGGCGGGAGCAAUACCACUGCGAGCGUCAACUCGACGGAGAGGAACGGUGUGACGUUUCUGUCGCCCAAGGACGUGUGGGACUUCCUGCAGAAGGGUCUGAUCUGGGUGCCUGAGGUGCGCUUCGUGGGCGGGGCGGUGACGAGCUCUCCCGUGUACAACGCCACGGCCAUCACGCGGAACGGUGACGUCUUUGCGCUGUACAAGUUCAACAACGUCGAGACCACAACGCUGCUGUCGUCGCUCAACUACCCCUUCGACACCCAGACCCUCAAGCUCAAGUUUGUCGUCACCGACCCGCUGCCCAACCUCCAAUACGAGUACCUGCACAAGAUACACAGCGACCCCCUCACCAUGGAGGCACGUCAGGAGGGGCACUCCUUCCCACCUGGGCCGCAGGGACCCGGCGCACAGCAGCAAUUCGGCACUGGCGCCAACAACGCCCCCGCCGUGAGAACGGAGGAAGACGGCCAGUCGACGCCCGUCUUUGCGGUGCAGAAGCGUCGCGUCAUCCGUCUGGAGAUCGUCAACUCGCUGUCGGAGCUCUUCUCCCACCUGCACCUCAAGCACCUCACCGGCCCCAUCGACGACGUCCUGCUGCCGGGCGACCUGCCUGGGUGGGGCAACGACUACCUGAGGGGCCAGGGGGUGGAGACGAGCGACCCGCGGCCCCACGCCAUGAUCCCCGACGAGUGGCUGGUGCAGGACGUGUCGGCCCGGCUGAGCACCAUGAAGGGCGCCAACUCGGUGUGGACCACACUCAUGCCCAGCCCCCUGCUCGAGGAGGUCCUCAAGAUGUCCAGAGGGGGCGUGCUGGCCGGUGUCCCGCCCCCCGCCACGCCCUCUGAGAUCUGCUACAUCCCCCCAGAGGCCGACCGACCCAUCAGCGGCGUCACGCUCGGUGCGAGGAGUGACGGCGAUGCCGACGAGGGCGCCACCAAGAGCAAAGCCACCCACCCUCCCUGCGGUGCGGUGGAGCUUCGUGUGGUGGUGAAGCGUCACCUGCUGCUGAUCAUCCACCGGCUGAUCCUGCCUCUGGUGUUCCUGACGCUGCUCAGCUGGGGUGGUUUCUGGCUGGGCCCGUCUGUGUACGCCAAGGAGGGGCAGUGGGCGGGGCGUCUGGCGAUCCCGGUGUUCGCAUUUUUCCUGAUGCUGAUCUUCCAGAACUACAUCAUGUCGCCCCCGCAGAUCCCCGCCGGCGUGCUGACGCGGGAGACCUGGCUGCACACCUUCAUGAUCUUCACCCUCUACUACUGCCUCAUGGCCGUCCUGCAGACCGUCCUGGCGUACAUUCUCACCGAGAAGGUGUCGGCCAUCGUCGGCGGAUGGCUCGACCGCCUCUCGCGGCUCGUCUUCCCACUCGUCUAUGUGCUCUUUCUGGCGCUCUCAUUCGCCCUCACCAACCACCCGCAGAUCCUCGCCCUGGUGCUGCACAUCGCCUUCGGCAUCAUGCUGCUGUCGCUGCUGGGGACGUCGCUCUACUGGGCGGCGCUGUUCAAGCGGACGGCGCUGCGGCACCUGGUGGACCUGGCGGUGAACGACAAGAUGAUGUGCCGGCCGGAGGUGUGCGGGGACGUGCAGGAAGCCCGGAAACUGUUUCGAUACCUCGACCCUGCCGGGAGAUUCAUGUAUGGGGAGAGGGGGGGUGGCUGAGGGACGCUGCACAUAUGUAUGGCGGGUGACGUGAUGUUGUUGUUUCAGAUUGUCGCCGCAUGACAUUGUGGAUGUGUUGCGAUAUGGCGGCGUGGAUCUGUCUGAGCGUGAGCUGGAGCUGCUCGAGGAUCGACUCAGGGACAUCUGUGGGGACUACAUCAGCUACAUCGAGCUAUACAGACACGCGCCGGUAGGCGACACACACACACAACACACGACACCAAGCACAAUGGUCAUGGGUGUCUAUGUCUGUCGUCUCUCUCUCCCCCUUUCAGGUCAUAUUCGGUUCUGGUCUUCGUGAGGCGGCCAAGCGUGAUGUCACCUCCUCCCGCCCCGCCCGCAACGUCACGUCCGUCCGCGGCCGGCGCCGCCGCAACAACAACUCGUCGAGCGGCAACGACCAGCUCGACUACCCCCAGAAGCAGGCCAGCAAGUCGCAAGCCGCCGUCCACGGCGCCGACUUCAUCGACGCCACGGCGAACCUCUCGGCCGACCUCACGCGGGGCUUCCGGUCGUCCCUGAGCAAGCUCUCACCCAACCGGCCGCCCGCGUCGCCCCUGCCCGGUGCCAAGGGCACUGGUCUGGGCGGCCGGCCGCGAGACCGUGAGCUGAUGGAGACGGUGGUGCAUCCCUCGCCCUCGCCCACCCAGGGGCAGCGUCAGGGCCGGGACGAGUCGAGUCCCCGUGCGGUGGCGUCUCAGUCGCCCUCACAGCAGUCGUCAUGGACCUCCCGCGGGACGGCGUCUCCCGUGACCGACGGCCGGUCCAUGGAGCAGAAGGAGCGCACCGGCGGUUUUGAGCGGCCCGGGUGGCGCGCUGACGAGGUGUGCGAGGGCAGCCCCAGCUCCCUCGCCAUGAGCUCCCCCUACAGCGGGCAAAACGAGGCCAUGGCCGCCAACCAGCACCAGACCGGCGGGAACGGCACUGGCUCCAACUCGUCCGUGACCUUCUCAGUGACGCCGUCGGUCGAGUCGUCGACAUUCAUGCUGUCGUGCUCGACACCUGGAUCGCACCCCGUGUCGCCCGGCCACUCCCCGCCGCACUCGCCCACAUCCACACCGUGGAUGGCCACUCCGCGGACAGCACAGCAGCAGCCGCAGCAGGCAGGAGCAGACAAGGGCGGGGCGUCCGCUAACGACUGGCAGAGCCGCCAACAAGCCAGCCAGGCGGUCGGCACCAGCGCCCCUGUGGUCGCCCAUGUGCCCCGCGAGGAGACGCCCUCGUCAUAUUCGUCGUUCGGUUCGCUGAGCCGUUGUCGGCAGCGGGACCCCAACUCGUCUCCCCUGGUCGGCCCCCAUCGGCUGGUCGAGCGCCGCCCCACUGUGGCGAUGGAAAGUGCGCUGCAGUGGGCUGCAAAAGAGCGCCAGACCGCCAGUGGGACCGGCGAGGGCGGAGGCGGACGGGAGGGCCAACACGGAGAGUCUCUGUCGCCGUGCUUCCGGCCCCGUGAGCGACAUCCCGAGCGGACCGAGCUGGUGCGUCAGCGGCUGUCCUUGCCCGUGGACAUGCUCAUGCGCAAGUCACUCAACGAGUACGCCGCCGAGCUGGAGCAGCGCGACCACAUCGCCGAUGGCGACGAUGUGGGCAGCCCCCUGCUGCGCGAUGGCAGCCGCACCCUCUCCGCCGACCGCCAUGGCUCCUCGAGUGCGGCCAACCGGUCUCACUCGACCCCUCGGACAGCCAUGACAUCUCUUGCCAUGCGCAAGCGCGGCCUGUCCAUCAACAUCGAGACACCUCCCGACCCGCCGCCCACGUCACUCACCAGUCCUCGUCGGAAAGGCAAGAGGGGGCGAAUCGGAUGGCUCCUUGAUGGCGAGCAGGGCGGCGAGGGGGGCGGCGCUGACAUGGACGAGGGCAACGGCGUUAUGCGGCUCCGUGCGAGCGUGAGUGGUGCGCGUGGCGAUCGCACGCCGCCGUCACGUGUGGCCCAAGGAGAGGAGGGCACUGGGGGUGCGUCUGCUGGGAGCGCCCCGCAGUCGCCGCAUGGGCGCACCAAGGUGACGCCUUAUGAGGGGCCCGAGGGGUCGAUGAUGACGGCUGAACAGCUGUGGGGAGGGGAGAUGGGCAGGGACGUCGUCACAGAGGUGUGAACUCAUCUGUAGGGGGGUGGGAGGGAGGGAGGGAGGGAGGGAGGAGGGAGGGAUAAGCCUGUCUGUCUGGAUCUGAGUCUGUUUCUCAUCGACUGACUAUGUGUGUGUGUGGGGUGGGGUGGCGUGUGCCUCCAUGUGUGUGUGCAUGGGUCGCUCGCGUGAUUUGCCAUUUUGUUAAGGGCUGGCCGUGUAUACAUACGUGCAUGCGUCAUGACGUCUGCAUUUUUGCAUAGGACGGGAGCAAGGGACGGGGCGGGGCGGGUUGCGGCGGGGCCAGGGGGGGUUGCAAAUUAGUGAGGUUGGCCAGCAGAAACAGACUACCACGGCACCAGCAAGUUGUCUGCACGUCCACGCAGCUGUGACAAGGGCUCACAGAGAUAGUAGACGACGGGCAGCCGGACACGACACGAGGGUUUUUUUCAUUCACUGGGUCGUCGACUGCCUGACUGACUGACGACUGAUGGCUCCAUCCGUCAUCCAUCCGUGUGGUUGGCGUCGUGUCCAUGCGUUGAUAUCUGACUGACUGCAUAGAUAGCUAAGACCUGUGGAUGGAUGGUUGGACACGGGGCGGUGCUCAUUCAGUCAAGCAAGCCUUCGUGGCUGAAUGGCAAAGCGUGCGUGCGUGGGUGCGUGAGGGGGCCCUUACUACUACCUGCAGAUAGACAGACUCACACACUCACUCACAGAGAGACGACUCCUUGCUGUACAUGUGUUGCCGAGGUGCCUGCUAAUGGUGUGUCCAAAUCUUUUCUUCUCUGACCGACCGGCAGCCUUCCUUGCCUAGACAGAAAACAACUUGACACGUACAUACAAUCCACACAUACAAUCCAUACAAAACACACAAUGCGUAAUCGCUUCCAUACCAUAAGGUCGGCACUGACUGCACAGCCAGCACAGAGGGGUGCGGGAGGGCCGGUCUUUUGUGCGUUUUCGUCGGUCGUACUUUCAUACAAUGUCAAUAGACAGAUAGACACAACAGGCAGGCAGGCAGGCAGGCCAGCUUCCCUUUCUGCUGCUCCGUCAGGCAACCCGCUGCUGCAACCAACCCGUUUUUGAAAUGAUGAUGACCUCUAUAUGGAUCUCGAUGGAUGCCCGUCGGGUGCCCGGUGCCCGCUCCCUCUGUGUGUCCUCGUCUGUGUGUGUGUGUGUGGGUGGGUGGUGGGUGUGUUCAUGUGGUGUGGUGACGGCUACAUGCUUACAUACAUACAUACGUACGACAGGUGGAUAUGCUGUGCAUGCAUCACUGGCUCGGCACAACAGAGGAUAGGAGAGGAGAGGAGAGGGAGGGGGGAAAUGUCAGAUGGAUGUGUGGAUUGGGGGGGGGUGGGGGGGUGGAUCGGUCGGCGCGGUUCUGUUUUCCUCUCGUCGAUCGGUCCCUUUAUUCAUUCCUUCUGUCUGUCUGUCUGUCUGUCAUCUCGUGUUUGUUUUGUUGCUGUGUUGUGUUUUGCCGCCGGCCGGCCGGUAUUUGUAUCUAAAUGGAUGAGUGGCAAGCAACCAAGACGUCUGACUGUCUGUCUGUCUGUCUGUUUUCAUGAAUACUGCGGUCGGUCGGCCUGGUCGAAGACGAAUGCCCGGAUGCCCGGAUGGAUAGAUGGAUGGCUGGAUGGUUGGUCUUUGGCGCCUCCCUUUUGUGGACGGGAGGUGCCGGCCGGGCCGUCUGAACGUUUAUGUACGUGUCGUACGUGCGUGCGUGCAUGUGUGCGUCGGUCGCAUCUAGUCAUCAUCAUCUAUCUCCCUAGGUCGCUUUCUCUCGGUGCCUGCCUGUUUGCAUGUCUGUGCCUGUCUGUCUGUGUGGCAUCUCUGUCUGUGUCUGCGUGUCUGGAGCCGUGUGGUGUGGUGUGCGCUAAUCAAUCAACAAGGGUGGUAAUUACACUGGUACUACUGACUGACUGACUCACUGACUCAUCGUGACGCGGUGACAAGGCAGCUAAGUCCGGCCGUCACGCGCACACACGUCCAUCCAUCCAUCCAUCCCUGUCCGCCUGCACGCCUGCUUUCCUGUUUGUCUGGAUCCAAUCAGUCACAUCAAUUUGCAGGUGGCUGGCUGGCCGACUACCCACCUUGUCCGUGCACUCACCUCACUCGCCGACCGACUGACCCCUUUUGUUGACGAUUCGUUCCAUCCUUGCCCUGCCUUGCUGUGUGUGUGCGUGCGCGUGAUGGAUGUGUGUGUGGAUGGUGGCUGCCUUUGUGGCGGUGCGGUGGUGCAUGGAUGUGUGUAGAUGAGUGCGUGUAUCCGUGUGUGUGGCCCUAGUACAGCGUUGUUCGUCACGUCUAGUCACUCGAAUGGAUGGAUGGAUGGAUACACCACAUGGGGAGAGGGAGAGAGAGCAGCGGUGGGUGGACUCACACACACAUGUGCUACGUGUGCACAGCUGUAGAGCUCUCAUUCACCCACCUCACAGAGACACACACACACACACAUUCAUGAGGCUAAUGCUCUCAACGGAGAGGAGAGGACCACUCUGACUUCACUCACACACAAAUGCUGGCGACCGGUUUUUGGGUAUUGCUGUCACUCACUCACUACUGACUUGCUCUCUCUGUGUGUGCAUGGCUGCCUUGUAUCUUACCGCCUUCCCUCCCUCCCUCCCUCCCUCCCUCCUUGCUGUCUCUUUUUCCCCUUCUUGUUGGUCUGUCUCGGCGUCUCUCUCUUGGCGUGUCUGUCGUAUGGCCGCCAAGAGCUCUGGUUUAAUCCUCCGUGGCUGUGAUGUUCUCCCUCCCUCUCUCUACCUGUGUGUGUGUGUGUGUGUGUGUCUUGCAUACUCAGUGCACCUGUCUGCCUGUCGACCUGCCUGCAUGCAUCAACCUCACAUGCUGCCUUCCUGCCUUAGCGGACCGGUGUGUGGCCAGCACCCACCCCAUCUGUUCUCCACCUGGCUUUGUCUGUCUACCGAUUUCUCAGUCCUAUCGGCCCACACCCACUCACUCCUUGGAUCCUCUCUCGCUUUAUUCGUCUGUCAGGCUGUCUGUCUGUCUGUCUCCUCCUGCCGUCCGGUAAUGUGGAUGUACACGUACGUACGGACGUCUGUCUGUCUGUCUGUCUUGCCUGCCUGUUCGCGCCUGCCUCUGUCUGUCGACCACAGCGUACCAUUCCAUUCCUUGCCCUCCCUUCCUGAGCUGAGCUGGGCCCUCCCCUCUGCGUACUCAUGGUGCACACGCCAUACACACACACAUACAUACACUUUCACAACUUCACACAUACGUGGCGUGCCUUUCUGACCUCACGUGUGUCCAUACCUCUCGUGUGCGCGCGUGUGUGAGUGUGAGCGUGUUCCUGUCUGUGUGUGUGGUGUGGUGUGUGUGUCAAGUUUUUCAUUUGUACGUGGGGACACGGUGGGCCGACUGACUUGACUGACCUGACUGACUGUCUUCUCUGUCUGUCUGCGUCAUUACUUUAUCACUCCACUCAUCCAUCCCAUUACAUGACCCACCACUGAUGGUCGACGAACGAACGGGCGAAUGGGCGGGCGGACAGACGGAGAGAUGGAGAUGUGGAGGAGGCAGCGCUGGUUGUGUGUGUGUGUGUGUGCGUGUGUGUGUGCGUGUAUAUGUAUGCGCAUGUGCAUACAUACAUACGGAGACUUCACACGCGCUAGAGUGAAUCCGUCG